AUGAACCUUUUUUCUCGACUAAUCAACUCUUGGACAGGCAACAAAAGUACCGGAGAGUCUUACUAUCACUUCGAGCUGGCAACGUCUGACCUCGACGACGAUGAGCACGCCGAGUACAACCGGUCUGCUGCGUCCCUACCUACUGCGACCAAGACUCGGUUGCCGACCUCGAGAGUCAUUAUGCUCAGUCUCGCACUCGGUGGGCUGCAAUUCUUCUGGUCCACAAUCAUGGCCAAUUUGGUACCCUUCCUUCGAAGUCUCGGGCUUUCCAAACCUGUCGUUGCCGCGUCUAUGAUAUCUCAGCCGCUUUCGGGCACGCUCGUCGGACCGUGGGUUGGUGCAUUCAGCGACGGGCUGCAGACCAAGUGGGGACGAAGACGUCCUGUCAUGGUCCUCGGCGCAGUCUCUACCACGGCUCUACUCAUACUCCUCGCUUGGGUUGAUGAGUGGGUCCAUCUGCUGACUUGCCAACCGAAUCAAUGUGGCGAGUACGAGCAAAGUGUCCAGCAUUUCGUCCAGGGCGUUGCCGUCACUCUUGUGGUUGGUCUCAGCAUCGCUGUCCAACCUUUCCAAAGUGGUGCGCGAAGUAUUAUCAUUGAUAAUCUUCCAGCAGGGCAGCAAAACGAGGCAAACGUGUCUUCGAGUCGCAUAAUUUGCAUCGGAGGUAUCGCCGGGUUCCUUGCCGGGACGAUUGACAUACCUUCAGUCUUCAACAAUUCCUAUCAGAUCACCCAACUUCAGGGCCUGGCCGUCUUGAAUGCGGUUGUGAUCACGUCUUCCGUUGGGGCCACAUGCCUCGUCUUCAAGGAGUCAAGUCAGUCGUGCUUUCGUGAUGGCAGGGGUCCGAGACCACUGGCCAACAUAUGGCGCAGCGUUCAUGGUCUCCCCGACGUCAUUCGAAAGGUGUGCAUGGUUCAGUUCUUUGCGUGGUCAGCCUGGUAUUCGCUUCUGUACUACACCACCACAUUCAUUGCCGAGCUGGGUAAGACGACCAAGCGACAAACUUGA